UUGGAAGACUUGAAGAACUGCUUACACGUCCCUGAGACAGGCUGCUCAAGGCAAUAUGAUAAACCGGGAACUCCAUCGUUCGGCUUCAUCAUAAUAACGCUGGAACCGGUUAGAACCGGUCCCCUACAGUGAUAAGCCUUAAACAAACCGCCCCCUCUGUGCGUUCCUUCACGAUCGUGACGAAAAUGAUGUAGAAAUGCUUAAAAACCUCUUCUGCCUGAAGUGUUGGGCCGUUGAGAGAAUGACCAAGGCAAUGAAAAGCGUGGCUCUGUGCCAAGACGCCAAAGUCAACGACUUCUUCGAGAAAGGGCUGGAACACAGCGACGAGCCCGACGAACCCGCAUGCUGCAGGAGCGAACGUUCGCACCGUGGCCCUGCAGCGCUCGCAUAUCGAGAGUGCUCGGAUGAGGAGGCGAGCGUGCUUCGACGCAUGUUAACUGCGGGUCCGCCCGUGAAGAAGCUUUGCAUACGGCGAAUGUCGCUGAGGGCAUUCAGGACCGCAUUUGGCCGCCGCAAAGGGCGCUCCUCGCUCGAAGAACUUCACGUGCGCCACAUUGUAUGCGAAGAGGAGGAAGAAUUCAGCGUCAACUUUUCCGGAGUGUUAGGCAGACUGCGUUCAUUGCAGUUGUUCUGCUCGAACAACAUGAGUGCCGCAUUCGCGAAGGACAUUGCAAACUACCUCCGAGAGAACACGACGCUGAGGGAAUUCACCCUUGGGUGCUGCGGUGACGACGAGGUUCCCGCUGCGCUCAUCGAAGCGCUAACGGUAAACAACACGCUCAAGGUAUUUACCUUAGCGCGGAGGGCGUUGUCCUCCGAGACCGUGAUGGCAUUCGCGAAGAUGUUGGCAGUUAACUGGACGUUGGAGGUGGUGCACCUUUUCGACGGGUGUUCCGUGGAAGUGGAAAAAGUGUCGGCUCUGCUGGAGGAGUACCCUUAUAAGCAAAUCGUCAGGAGGCUUCGCAUAGUGUGGAGGGAGGAACUUGUGCCGGUGCUUACGAGGCUCAUCCACGAAAAAGCGUGUUGGCCUGAGGUCUCCGUCGUCCUCAGCUCUUCGGUGGACCGGGAUGUUCUCCGCGAGUUCUUCGACGCCGUGGCCACAGACACCACGAUUCGUGCGCUCCACUUCUACCGGUGCGAUGACACAUUCGACGACCUCGCGGAUGGCAUCGCCUCGCUCGCAAGGCGGACGACGACUCUCAAGGAAAUCGAUAAUCGUAUGCGCGUCAAGCCGGGCAACGAGCAGCAGGUGGUCAAAGUUCUGGACGCCCUGAAAGAGAACCGUUCCGUCACCUCGUUCGUCAUGUACGCAGACUCGGUGACGCCGGAAAUAGCGUCGUCCCUGUCCGAGCUGCUGACCGUCAACGACACUCUGAACGAGAUUUCCGUCUGCGAGGAGGGGGGAGUCACCGACGACAUCCUGGCGACCCUCCUGCGAGGCAUGAGAGAAAACUACACAGUGACGCACAUCAUCGUUGGCCAGGAGCCUGACUAUCACUCCGAGGCUUUCCUCGAAAUGGAGCAGCUCGUGCAGAGGAACGGUCGUCUCCACGACAAAGCGGCGUGGUUCGUGACUGCAGGUCGCGACCGCGAGAGCGACCCCGAAGGAGCGGACGCGCUGGCGAUCGUGCGCACGAGCGCGACCAUGGUCGAAUUGGUGCAGGACCUCACUGGAAUGAGGAACCACGCUGUGGCGAAGCUGGUACGCGCAGCCUUGGAUCGUCUACGUGCCCAAGGGGAGCGUCUUGAGCGAAGCCCGAGUGUUUUGACCCGAUCGCGUUCCUCGCUUUCCGAUCGGGAUUGACAACUGUCGAGUGGAAAGUAAGCGCUCUCGAGAGCACUGAGGACGUGGAUGCGGCCGAAGUUCACCGCGUUCCUGCUGAUAUAGUGCGAAGUGAAAACGCUGCACUGCAAGCACGCCUUGACGACUUUGAGGAGCGUUCCCGCCGUGAAAACUUAAUCAUGUAUGGAAAAAAAAAAAACAAUUUUUCAGAAAGCUGGGCUCGCACACCGAAGAAGCCGUACGAGCCGUUCUUGCAGAUCAUCCACCUGUAGAACUUCCUGCAGACGCAAUUUCACGAGCGCAUUGACUUGGCUCUUUUGUCACCGGCAGAAAUCGUCCUAUAGCUGUUAAGUUUGCUUCGUUUGAAACAAGAGCGCCUGUUUCAGCGCACAUCUCGAAACUGAAAAAUACGGGAGUCGCUCUACAAGAAGACUUUUGUAAAGCAACGAGGCAGAUACGUAAAAAAGCUCAUAGAUUUCGCCAAAGCCACCACACAACCCUACAAGCUAUAAGAUAUAAUCGAUUACAUAUAAAUAAAGAAUACUACGUCUACUGCAAAGAAACUGGUAACGUCUGUGAAAUAGAUUCCCCUAUCGCUUCUGCGUCUGGUAACCGCGUAUCUUCAUCAGAUCCGCAACACGUUGCUGGUUUCCCUCGGGCACAUGCCUCCUAUAAUGAUGCAACUUCCAAUGUGUCACACCCGCAUAGUGCUCCGACUUAGGAAUGAGCGGCCGUUCAGGCGAAGCACAUCGCCGACUAUUCCUUUCUUGUGAUCAGAAGUAUAUUAAAGAAGCGCGAUACCUUAUCCUGUUUAAUGCACACGUGCGUAGCGGAUAUUGUUGUUUUAAACGAGACUUGGUUGUCAAGUAAAGCGAGGAAUUGUGAACUCUUGUGAAAAGACAGACAUGACUGAAGUGACCGAUCAGGGGGCGGUGUUUAGAUUGCCGUUUCUGAAGGCAUAAAUUUUUACGUCCUCCCGAUUCAAUCAGAGCUUGAAUUUCUCUGUACAUGCGUUACCUUAAACCAUCACGAUGUCAUUGUUUGUGCGUGUUAUCGGCAUCCGCUUUCUGCCACCACUUUGUGUGAACCUUACGAUAGUCUGUUGUGUCUCGAUACCCGAAAGCGCCAAUUUUUCUUAUGGGCGACUUCAAUUUUCCAGGUAUUCAGUGGAACGAUUCCAACCCCAUUGUAACUACUAAUUCAUCCGAGUGUAUAGCCUUCAUUGACCUCUGUUCUGCAUUUAAUCUUUCCCAACUCGUACAAGAGCCAACUCGCGUUACCCCUUCAUGUGCAAAUGUACUCCGACCUCGUGCUCACCAACUAUCCCGAUUCUGUCUCUUCCCUAACCCUACUGGCAAGUCUAAGUGAUCACCUUGCAAUCCAUUUUACUACGCCAUCGCGCUCGAGCUGCACAUCGAAGCAUUCGAAAAUAAUCCGCGAUUACGGGAGAGCACUUUCAAGCCAUUAAUACUGCUUUGGAAAAGUUCGUUGACGAGUUCUUACCGCAGUUCUGGGAACGCACAGUACAAGAGAACUGGCGGUUAUUUCAUACGCAAGUCAAAGCGCUCAUCGAAAAAUAUAUUCCGCUGCGAAGAAUAUCUGGCAAAAGACGUUCGCCGUGGUUCAAGCCAUGGUUGAGACGCUUACUGAACAAGAAAAAGCGCAUGUUCCGCCGAUGCAAGAAACUUGUGACUGACAGAGCAAGGUUGGCUUAUCAAUCUACCGAUGCGGAAUAUAAACGUGCUCUCAUCGGUGCUAAACAGAAUUAUUUUCAUUCAACCCUUCCUUCUUUACUUUGAAUCCCCGCAAAUUUUGGAAUUUUAUCGGCAUGCGCGAGUCUGAUGAAGUUCGCUUGAAGAACAAUCGAGGAUUCUUUGUCUCAAAUUAACAGUGCUGUAUCUUACUCAAUGACACAUUUUCGUAAUAUUUUUCACAUGUUGCACCAAUCACCGUUCCUGUUAUUUCUGCACCCGACUUCUUUCGAUUGGACCCUAUCCUUAUCGACUGGGCAGGCAUUUCUAAACUCAUUCAAGUUGCGAAACUUUCAUCGUCAGCUGGUACCGAUGUUAUUAACUACAAGUUUUUGAAAAACGCCCUGACUUACUCAACCAUUAUACUGUCGUAUGCCUUUUCGCAGUCAUUGCAGAGUGGCACGUUGCCGCGGAUGACUGGAAGGUGGGAAAGGUGGUUCCGGUGUAUAAAUAUGGUGAUGUUCAUAGCCCCCGCAACUACAGGCCUGUCUCAUCAACAUCAAUUCCAUGGAAGCUGCGUGAACAUAUAGUAUAUUCUGCGUAAUGUCGCAUCUCGAAUCGUACUGUUUCUUCACACCUAAUCAGCAUGGUUUUCACAAACGCCACUCCUGCGAAACUCAAAUGGUUGCAUUUACCAAUGAUUUGUUUUCCAUUUUGGAUUGUUCAUCAUUUGUGGAUUGCAUUCUUUUAGAUCUUGCGAAAGCAUAUGAUACUGUGUCACAUCAACUACUACUUUUCAAGCUUAGUAAACUAAAUCUUGAUACUAAUCUGAUGAAUUGGAUAUAGAGUGCUUUCUGCAGGGCCGUACACAGUACGUUUCAAUUAAUGACUGUGACCCACCUGUAUACCCCGUAACAUCCGGAGUCCUCCGAGGUCCUCUGCUUUUUCUAAAUUAUAUUAACUACCUUCCUGAUUCCAUUGACUCACAAAUUAGACUCUACGCAGAUGACUGCGUAUUAUACAGACAAAUAUCUGAACCUUCUGAUGCAGCUACUCUUCAAUCUGAUCCGGAUAACAUCUCCAGUUGGUGUCACACCUGGUCUAUGAAACUAAAUAUUGGUAAGUGCAAAUCAAUAUGAAAGUAAUGCGGAAGCCUGACCAGUCUUCUUGCAACAUAUUCCAUCAUGACUCUUUAACUUCAGUCUCUGAUUAUAAGUAUCUCGGCGCAUACAUUACUGCCAACCUAUCAUGGAAAACGCACGUUGCACAUAUCGUUAAUAAUGCUUACCACACACUUGGUUUCCUUCGCGUAAAUUUUCCCUGGGUCCUUUAUCCCUAAUACUUCUUCUAUAUAAUACUCUUGUGCGCCCGAAACUAGAGUAUGCCUCUUCCGUUUGGGAUCCCCACACCAAAUGACUCAUACAAAUCCUCAUACAAGUCUGUUCAUUUUAUACUUUCUAAUUAGUCUCGUUCAGCCAGUGUAACGCUUAUGAAGAAAACAUUAGAUCUGCCCGACCUUUCCUUACGCCGUCGUAUUUCUCGUUUAUGCCUCUUUCACAAAAGAUAUUUCACCGAUGACAUUCUAAAGCAAUCACUUUUUAUUACUCCCACUUACUUUUCAUCCCGCAUUGACCACCCGUUCAAAGUUGGCGUGCCAAGCUGCAGGACUAAUUUUUAUUUUGAUUCGUUUGUUCCGAAGACAAGCGCGGACUGGAACCACCUUCCUGCCUCCGUCGUGCCAAUCGCAGUACCCGAAGCCUUCAAGUCUGCUGUAUAUGAUAAUCUUCAUUAACCUACCUACUACAAAUGUAUUCUUGUAUACCCAGUUGCAUUCUUGUAUUCUUGUAUGCCCACUCCUCCCUGUAAAGGCGAACGGCCCUGUGAGUAAAUGAGAUGAAAUAUC